AUGAGCCAAUUAAAAUAUUUAUCAUUGAGGGGGAAUCGUUUAAAAUUAAUUGAUAAUCAGAUGUUUGGAAAUGGACAAAAUAAUAGGGAAAAAUCAAAGCAAAGUUUAGAACAUUUGGAUUUGUCAAAUAACCAAAUAGAAAGAAUAUCUCCAAAUUCCUUUCAAUUAUUAUCUUCUCUAUUAACAUUAAAUAUUUCUUUCAAUCAACUCCAUUAUCUCUCAGAAAAAACAUUUUUGGGAUUAAAUAAAUUAAAAAUACUGGAUUUGACGAGAAAUAGAAUUUCAAAAUUGGAAAAAAUAAAAAUUAAAAAGGAAGGAAUUAAUUUAGAUAAAAGUUUAUUUGAAGGAAUUGAAAAUUUAGAGGAAUUGAAACUUGCUGGGAAUUUAUUGGCUGAGUUACCACCUCAUACAUUCCAUUCAUUACCUUCACUUAUUAAACUGGAUUUAAGUUCAAAUUUAAUCAGUUAUAUUUCUUCUGAUGCCUUUUCUGGAUUGAAAGAAUUACGAGAAUUAAGACUUGAAAAAAAUUUGCUUUCUUCGUUUGUAUCUGAAUCGAAUAAUAAUAAAAUUCCAACAGAGACUAAAAUUAAAAAUUUGUUUCCCCAAAAACUUGAAUUUUUGGACCUUUCUGGAAAUUCUUGGAUGAAGAUUCCUCCACUAAAUAUUUCAACUUUAAAAAUACUAAAAAUUGAAGAAAUGGUUCAAUUAAGAGAAAUACAAGAGAAUUCUUUCACUUUACUUCCAAAUUUAGAAACUCUUUCACUUGCAAAUUCAAUAUUUCUUUCAAAAAUAGAUCAAAAAGCUUUUGGAAAUUUUUUAGAAAAUAAAUUAGAGACAAAUAUUAAAUAUUUGGAUUUAUCUAAUUGCCAAUUAUCUAAUUUAUCUGUUUUGCUUUUGGACUGGAAAAAAAUUAAAAUGUUGAAAUUGGAAGGUAGAAUUGAAUAA